AUGGCGCGCGUCUACGCUGAUGUGAACGAGCAUAUGCCUCGUUCUUACUGGGACUAUGACAGCGUGAACAUUUCUUGGGGUGUUCUGGAGAACUACGAAGUCGUGCGCAAGAUUGGCCGCGGAAAGUACUCGGAAGUCUUCGAGGGCAUCAACGUCGUGAACUACCAGAAGUGUGUCAUCAAGGUCCUCAAACCGGUCAAGAAGAAGAAGAUUAAGCGUGAGAUCAAAAUUCUUCAGAAUCUCGCCGGUGGCCCAAAUGUCGUUGCCUUGUUGGAUGUGGUCCGGGAUAGCCAAAGCAAGACCCCCAGUCUGGUCUUUGAGAAUGUGAACAACACCGACUUCAGGACGCUGUAUCCCCGCUUCACCGACUAUGAUGUUCGUUUCUACGUGUACGAACUUCUGAAGGCUCUGGACUUUUGCCACAGUAAGGGUAUCAUGCAUCGCGACGUGAAGCCCCACAAUGUCAUGAUCGACCAUGAAAAGCGCAAGCUCCGGCUGAUUGAUUGGGGUCUUGCCGAAUUCUACCACAAGGGCACUGAAUACAACGUGCGCGUUGCGUCAAGAUAUUUCAAGGGCCCGGAGCUGCUCGUUGAUUUCCAAGAGUACGACUACUCGCUAGACAUGUGGUCUCUUGGCGCCAUGUUCGCUUCCAUGAUUUUCCGCAAGGAACCUUUCUUCCAUGGAAACAGCAACUCCGAUCAGCUCGUCAAGAUCGCCAAGGUGCUUGGAACGGAGGAACUCUUCGAGUACCUGGACAAGUACGAAAUUGAGCUGGACCCUCAGUACGACGAGAUUCUCUCCCGUUUCCCCCGGAAACCUUGGCAUUCGUUCGUCAAUCCCGACAACCAGCGCUUCGUCAGUGAUGAAGCUAUUGAUUUCCUGGACAAGCUGCUCCGUUACGAUCACGCGGAGCGACUCACUGCCCAGGAGGCGAUGGCUCAUCCUUACUUUGACCCUGUCCGGCCGUCCGACCAAAGUCGGAACAACACGGCUGCUUAG